AUGGUAGUGGGUACGCUCGAUCAAUCAAGCCAACACCAUCGUGGUUCACAACCCGGCCAUGGCCCGAACGUGGACAAACGUAAGCACUCUCGUGAAGUACGAUGCUACUGGGGUUUUAGGUCUUCUUCCGGAGCAAAAACUUACAGCUUUUUAUGGAUGCUGGCAAUUGGCGCAUAUGCAGACCAGGUGGAUGAGAUUGCUAGGAUGGGGAAAUCCACUAUCCUAGAGGGCUUGGUCAGAUUCUGUGAUGCAAUUGAAACUAUCUACACGAGGUAUUACCAAGCAUGA